AGCCUUUUCCAGCGAGGACCAGCGGCCUGAAGGACCCUUUGGUGACUGUCUCCUUCCUUUUCAACCUCCACUGUGACCGCUCCUGACCCAAUAUGGACCCCAACGCCAUCAAGGAGGAGCUGCGUUUGUUUCAGAGCACUCUGCUCCAGGACGGCCUGAAAGAGCUCCUGAAUGAAAACAAGUUUGUGGACUGCACCCUGAAGGUGGGCGACCGCUGCUUCCCCUGCCACCGGCUCAUCAUGGCCGCCUGCAGUCCUUACUUCAGGGAUAUCUUCUUCACUGAGGAUGGGAAGGAGGUGGAGAACACCAAAGAAGUGGUCCUGGAGGACAUCAACCCGUCCAUCCUGGACAUGAUUAUCCAGUACCUCUACUCUGCUGAGAUCGACCUCACUGACGACAACGUUCAGGACAUUAUCGCAGUGGCCAACAGAUUUCAGAUCCCCUCCGUCUUCACGGUGUGCGUCAACUACCUUCAGAAGAAGCUGUCCCUGGGUAACUGCAUGGCCAUUUUCAGAAUGGGCCUGGUGCUCAGCUGUCCRCGGCUCGCUGUGGCUGCGCGCAACUUCAUCGCCGAUCGCUUCGAGCUCCUUCACAAGAACGAGGAGUUCCUCAAGCUCGCACCWCAUGAACUGUUUGCCGUCAUCGGCGGAGACUCGCUUAAUGUGGAGAAGGAGGAGCUGGUGUUUGAGUCGGUCAUGGCCUGGGCCCGCUAUGACAAGGAGAAGCGCCAUAAGGUCCUGAAGGACGCCUUCAACUGCAUUCGUUUCCGCCUGCUGCCGGAGAAGUACUUCAGAGAAAAGGUGGAGAGCGACGAGAUGGUGAAGAGUGACCCGGAGCUUCAGACGAUAAUCCAGACCAUCAGGGACGCCUACAAGGGGAAAAUUCCAGAGAAACCCAAGAAGAAGGAGGGCGAGGAAGGGGCCGGRGUCGAAGAAGGCGAGGAGGAGGAGGACAGCCUGUUCCCUGGUUUCCUGAACGACGAUCGUAGACACGGCAUGUUCACACGUGACUUCAUCCUGAUGAUCAACGACACGGCAGCGGUGGCGUACGAUGUCAACGAGAAUGAGUGUUUCCUCGCCGCCAUGGCGGAGCAGGUGCCACGUAACCACGUCAGCCUGGUGACGCAGAAGAACCAGCUCUACAUCAUUGGGGGACUGUUUGUAGACGAGGACAACAAGGAUGUGCCUUUACAGUGCUACUUCUACUUGUUUGACCCACUCACAUCUGAGUGGGUCGCCCUUCCUCCCAUGCCUUCUCCAAGAUGCCUCUUCAACAUUGGAGAGAGCGAGAAUCUGCUGUUUGCUGUGGCGGGAAAAGACCUCCAGACCAACGAGUCCCUGGACACCGUGAUGUGCUUUGACAUCGAMAAGAUGAAGUGGAGCGAGACCAAAAAGCUUCCUCUGAAGAUUCACGGACAUUCUGUGGUCUCAUACAAAGGACUGGUUUACUGCAUUGGAGGYAAAACCGAUGACAACAAAGCCCUGAACAAAAUGUUCUCCUACAACCACAAGCAGUCGGAGUGGAGGGAGAUGGCUGCCAUGAAGACCCCCAGAGCCAUGUUUGGGGCCGUCAUCCACAACGGCAAAAUCGUGGUGGUCGGAGGCGUCAACCAGGAUGGUCUGACCGCUACGUGUGAAGUGUACGACUUUACAACAAACAAAUGGGAGCCGUUCUCCGAGUUCCCCCAGGAGAGGAGCUCUGUGAACCUGGUGAGCAGCGGUGGUCUCCUGUACGCCGUGGGGGGCUUCGCUAUGGUUCAGAUGGAGAACAAGGAGGUGGCUCCGACGGAGGUCACCGACGUGUGGCAGUACGAGGAGGACAAGAAGCAGUGGAGCGGCAUGCUGAGGGAGAUGCGCUACGCCUCAGGCUCCACCUGUGUGUCCAUGCGCCUCAACGCUGCCAGGAUGCCCAAACUGUAAACAGACACCUGCCAACCGCCCCCCACAGUCAGCUGCCUCUGAGGCACUCGGAGAGCUGAGCUGAUCUUUGGCAUCAGUCUCUUUUCUGGACUCAGAUGAGUUUGUUUUUUUUAAUCUGUGGAAUAAAAGCUCGCUUCAGAUUCUGCUUAAAAAGAGGCUCCUGUCCCGCAGUUAAGACUGACCUCUACAGCUGUGUUUUACAUUAUUUCUAUCUUUUAUUUUGUAAAAAAUAAAUAAAUAGGCAUUUUGUUCCUGCCCGUGCUUUUUCUGUGAAGGAUCYUUACAGAAGUGGUCGUUGAUGGCUGCCGAGGGUGAAAGAAAGAAGUAAAAAGAAAGCUGAACCGUGUAAUAAAAACACAAUAAAGACCUCGAAACGUGAGACGCACAUUUGUGUCAACAUAAAUGAAAAUAUGCUGUAAGUUCAGGAAACAAGACAUAAAGGGUUUAUAAGGUUUGUAUUUAAUCACGUCCAUGAAUAAAAGGUUGUUCACGCUGAA